GCAACUCAAACUCGAAUAGCUGGGACGCAGGAAAGAUGCCCGCAUCGCAAACUGGAUUUGGUAACUUCUUCUUGGAGAGGAACAUCAGCAUGCCGACUGGAUAUCAGAUUCCGGUGCUGGGAUGCCCACCGGGUGUGCAACAGCAGCAUCUGGCAGCAAUGGCAGCUGGGGUUCCCAUAACAUACUCAGGACUACAAGGAUACAACUUUAUCCCAUAUCCACACCACAGGCACAUAACACACAUGAACAACGGUUUCGACUUGAAGGCCGCUUCUCCCUACCAUCACGCGCUCCUAGCUCGCGGGGGAGCUUUCUACCCGCCGUACCGUCCCGGAGUAGCCGAGGAUCCAAGCAGAGUCGCCAAGGUGGCCACUCGGGAGAGCACCGGGGCGCUGAAGGCCUGGCUGAACGAGCACCUGAAGAACCCUUACCCGACCAAGGGCGAGAAAAUCAUGCUCGCCAUCAUCACUAAAAUGAGCCUCACGCAGGUGUCCACCUGGUUCGCUAACGCAAGGCGACGCCUGAAGAAGGAGAACAGGGUCAGCUGGGCGUCUAAGGGGAAAUCAGAUGAGGAGGAUGAGGAUCAUGAGGGAGAGAGCGACGAUGACGACACCUCUCUGCAAAAAUGUAAUUUGGAUGAGCGAGACGAGCAAGAGUCCCAAACUGACCGCGCAGACACAGACGAGCAGAUCGAGGGCGCGUUGGACAGCUCAGCACCCGUCGACGCGCGUUUGGAGAUCCCGCAGCAGCCAAGCAGCGAGCACGAAGAUGGAGACCUUGCACUUGUCAAGAAAGUUGAAAAGAGUAACUCUGGUCACACGCCCUCAGCUUUGGAAAGUAAAGAAAACACUGCCAGUCAGAAACCCAAAAUCUGGUCUUUAGCGGAGACCGCCACCUCAGACACUGUGAAGAAACCUCUGGACAAUAUUUACCACCCGGCCGGAAAACUGUGGGAUGAAUGGGCUACAAGAAACGCACUGUUUGUUCCGUCACGUUACACUACCCAUGAAAUUGUCUAAGCGGGUUUUAGACACAAUAGUUAUAAACUUUUUCCGCAUCUUUUGCACUUUAAACUUUCAAACCUCAGGGAUUGUAUCCUGAAGUUUGCAGUGAUAUGAAAAUGUGUUGUGAGACCAAAGACAAAAAUGUUAGCUAUUGUAAAUAAAUGUAGAUGUAUUUUUUCCAACACCAACCUGUAAAUUAUGUGUUUCCUUUGUCUAAUCAUGAAGAAAUAUUUUUGCUUAAAUAAAGUUCAGCUUCCAGCGAAACUCUGACGUGUUUUACUGGUUG